AUGCCAAAUUUGGAAAAUAGGGGUUCUCCAUUAGAAUUUGAUGAUGACGAAGUCGAUGUGGAGUUUGAUGAUGCACCUCAAGAGCAAGAAAGUCAGCGCACAGAACCAAAGGAGGAGCCUAUCACCGCAGCAUCUCUUCUGGAGCUUCCUGAAUUGACUAGAAAAGAUAAAACCUUACUGGAAAUGCUCGAGCUCAUGAAGGGAGAUUUUGCUCCCAUCAUUCCUGAUGCUGUGACUGACUAUUAUUUGGCUAAGAAUGGAUUCGAGACUGCUGACGUCAGGGUGAAAAGAUUGUUAGCUCUUGCAACUCAGAAAUUCAUCUCGGACAUUGCGCAAGACGCUUACGAAUAUUCUAGAAUCAGAAGCUCUUCAACAGUCUACAAUUCGUCCAACCCACAAACCAGGGCCAAGCAACUUUUGCAAGGUCAGCAAUAUGCUAAUCAGCAAAACAGCGGAAGCAAUGGGAACUUAGACGGAGCAAGUGAUCAACAACAGCCGCUGCUGCAUGCUACUAGUGCCGGUAAUCAACAAGGAAAGAUUGUUCUUACAAUGGAAGAUUUGAGCAGUGCCCUUAGUGAAUAUGGAGUCAACACCAAAAGGCCUGAUUUCUACAGGUAG